AUGGACAAAAGAAUGAGACUCAGGGUUCCAAGCAUAGUCCGUACUUCCGUGAACUCUUGCCGAUCACGAGAUUUACACGACGUCGUUGACACUUCUGCUGUUGCAAGUCACACCACCUCUUCCGAGAGGUUCUUCCUUACCAAAGCUCCACACGUGAAGAGUCACAAACCUAAGCCGUAUGCGUUCCCUUCAAACCCUUUCUACGAAGGAAGCCGUUCCUUUAGAGAUAUAAGGAAGAAGAUGAAGACAAAGAGGAAGCAGAGAUCAUCUCAGUUUGGUUCCGAUCCUCAUUUUGCCACUAGUUUUACGUCAAGUGGGUCUUGGUGCUGGUCUUGUAGCGAGGAAGAAAAAGAAAGUGACGACAGAGAUACACACUUUUCUUCGAGAAGCUUCUCCUCGGACUACUCCAAGGGGGAGAGUUUUGCGGUGGUGAAGAAGUCACAUGAUCCGUAUAAGGAUUUCAGGACGUCAAUGGUGGAAAUGAUCGUUGAGAGACAGAUCUUUGCAGCGGCUGAGCUGCAACAGCUUCUUCAGUGCUUUCUAUCGUUGAACUCUCUUCAACACCACAGUGUUAUUAUCCAAGUGUUCUUAGAUAUUUAUGGCGCCUUGUUCUCUACCUAAUCACUAUGAUCAACCUUAGUCUUGCUUUAGUGUUUUUUUCUUCCCAUUAAGCUUUGUACUAGCCAUGUAUUUGUAUUUAUAUUAUCAAACAAUAAUACUUAGUAAAUCAUUUCCACCCA